AGUGGGAGGACGCGGACGCCAGGACCUUCUUCUCAGUGUUGGUGAUCUGAACAGACGUCAUGGACGAAGAGCCGGAGAGAGCCAAGCGCUGGGAGGGAGGAUACGAGAGGACAUGGGAAGUGCUGAAGGAGGACGAGUCGGGCUCCCUGAAGGCCACGGUGGAGGAGAUCCUGCACCAGAGCAGAAGGAGAAGGGUGACGGAGAGCCAUGGACGAGUGAGGCUGGGCAUGAUGCGUCACCUGUACGUGGUCAUCGAUUGUUCCCGCAGCAUGGAAGACCAGGACCUGAAGCCCAACCGCCUCACCUCCACGCUCAAGCUGAUGGAAUCGUUCAUUGAUGAGUAUUUUGACCAGAAUCCCAUCAGUCAGGUGGGUAUCAUCACCACGAAGAACAAAAGGGCGGAGAAGCUGACGGACCUGGCAGGAAAUCCAAAGAAACACGUGAGCGCUCUCCGUAAGGCGGUGGACACGCCGUGCGUGGGGGAGCCGUCCCUGUACAACGCCCUGAGCCUGGCCACUCAGACCCUCAGGCACGUUCCUGGACACACCAGCAGAGAAAUCCUGAUCAUCCUCAGCAGCCUCACCACAUGUGACCCCACCAACAUCUACGAGCUCAUCAAGACGCUGAAGUCUCUGAAGGUGCGGGUGUCGGUCAUCGGGCUGUCGGCCGAGGUGCGGGUCUGCACGGUUCUGACCCGGGAGACGGGCGGGUCGUACCACGUCAUCCUGGACGAGGCUCACUACAAGGAGCUGCUGCUGCUGCACGUCAAGCCGCCUCCGGCCAGCUCCUCCUCCGAGUGCUCCCUCAUACGCAUGGGCUUCCCUCAGCACACCAUCGCCUCGCUGUCGGACCGCGACGCCAAGCCUUCGUUCAGCAUGGCCCACCUGGACCACAGCGGCCCGGCCGGCCUGUCCCUGGGCGGAUACUACUGCCCACAGUGCCACGCCAAGUACACGGAGCUGCCCGUGGAGUGCAAGGUCUGCGGUCUGACCCUGGUGUCGGCCCCUCACCUGGCCCGGUCCUUCCACCACCUGUUCCCCCUCCAGAGCUUCACGGAGUCUCCAGCGAAGGAGCUGCAGGGGCUGCGGUUCUGCCAGGCGUGUGAAGGGGAGCUGAAGGAUAGAAGUGUGUACACCUGUCCAUCCUGCUGCAGCGUGUUCUGUGAGGACUGUGAUCUCUUCAUCCACGACUCGCUGCACUGCUGUCCGUGCUGCGUUCACAGUCGGAGCGCCGCGUGAAGCCGGGGCGGCCCCGCCGGUCCAGGCCCCGCCGGUCCAGGCCCCGCCGGUCCAGGCCCCGCCGGUCCAGGCCCCGCCGGUCCAGGCCCCGCCGGUCCAGGCCCCGCCGGUCCAGGCCCCGCCGGUCCAGGCCCCGCCGGUCCAGGUCCCGCCGGUCCAGGUCCCGCCGGUCGGUGAAGCCCAUGCCUGAGCGGACGCACUGAUGCACUCAUGCAGCCUCUGGACUUUUGAGCGGAUCAGUUUGGGAGGGUUGGACCUGGUUCUAGGGAUUGUGGGAUCAUCCUCCUCCUGAUGGAGCAGCUGGACUCCUGCUCUUCUUCAGACAUCACACAUUCAACAGCAUCACUGUAGACGUUACACCACUUUGAGGGUGAAAGGAUAAUAAUAAAACCGUUUUUUUAUAUUGUUAUAAUGCUGGAAGCA